CCUGGAGGACCAACCGUAAACAGAAGAUAGCGGAAACAAAAGAGGUUUUAUAGAAACACAAACACAUCGUACAGGGAAUAAACUGCAGCCUUCCGUGAAAAGACUGAGAUUCGAAGCGGAGACGGAAGCAGCGCGAGCGGCGGAGUGAAGAGCGGGAAUUAGCAUGGCGUUAAAAAGAAUACAGAAGGAGCUGCAGGACCUGCAGAGAGAUCCUCCAGCUCAGUGUUCUGCUGGGCCGGUGGGAGACGACUUGUUCCACUGGCAGGCCACCAUCAUGGGUCCGGGAGACAGUCCUUACCAAGGAGGAGUCUUCUUCCUCACAAUCCACUUCCCAACCGACUACCCAUUCAAACCACCGAAGGUGGCGUUCACCACGAAGAUCUACCACCCCAACAUCAACAGCAACGGCAGCAUCUGCCUGGACAUCCUGCGCUCGCAGUGGUCUCCGGCCCUCACCGUGUCUAAAGUGCUGUUGUCCAUAUGUUCCUUGCUCUGCGAUCCAAACCCGGACGACCCCCUAGUGCCGGACAUAGCACACAUCUACAAGAACGACAAAGACAAAUACAACAAACUAGCAAAAGAAUGGACCCAGAAGUACGCCAUGUGAAGACCGCCACGCCGGCGGCUCUCUUUCUUUUUUAAAGUCACAACUCACUGUCCGCCAUCGCCCCCGUCACGACCCAGGUCACCUCCGUCACCCUGGCCCCGCCGCCAGAGGCUGACGUGUUCCCCGAGGUCUGAGGAGACGUUCCGCCGCUCGGCGUGUCGCUCGUCUCCCCGCAUCUCCAUUCAACGCUUCGCUCAUUUCUCAAGUCAAACUGGAAAACCGGAGGACCGGGUCCCACCGAGCGGCCUCCGGGACGAGAGGUGAGAGGUCAGAGAGGGCGGGGUCGCUCUGACCCCGACCCGUCUGCUCCACCGGACUGAACCAGGACGCCUGAACGUCUCCUCCAACAGCCUGCUGCAGGACAACGAUACAGCCCACCAUUGUUAUUAUUAUUAUUAUUAUUAUUCUUGUACAGUAGUAAAGCCUGUGGAACCGUUCUGUUUUCUCCAUUUUAAUUUAAAUUUGGGGCCAUCAUUAAAGCAACGCUCUCGUCUCCAGA